AGCCAAUCACCGUGCAGUUCGGCCAGACGCCGCCAAGCUCGGUUUUUUGUUUGAGGUGACGGGAAGGGAGGACACAGCGAAAGGAGGAAGAGAAGACGUGCCUGGGAGGACGGCGACAGUGCGCGGGCAGCACUGGACAGAGGCACCGGCUCCGAGCACCUGACGGCCGGGGAGACUAGGAAGAGCGGCGGGGAUACCGCGUGUGGCCGGGGGUGAGGGGCCCGGGCUGUGGUGAUAAGUAGGGUCGACCUCCCACCUCUGAGGAUGCUGCAUCCCCGCGUCCUGCUCCCGCCCGCCCCUCUGUCCGUGUGACAGCCCGCUCUCCCGCAGGGCAUCCUCCGCACAGGCCUAGGCCUCUCCGCCGCUCUCUCGUGCCCUGCGUGCUCGGCAGCUGUCGGCCCCUCUCCGCCUCCCGCACUCACAUGAACCGUCCUGCAGCCCCCGCCGUGUCUGAGCCCGUCUGCUGACCGGCCCGGAGAGCUCACCGGACAGCGGAUCGAGAGCCUUCUGUAUCUGGGUCCCCCGUCUGUGGCCGGUGACUGCUUUCCCCAGAGCUACAGAGCGUAGUGUCAGCAGCUGGGAAAACGGACACAACCAAAAGCUGGAUGAGGCAGGACACCUCUGCGGCAAGUGAUUGAAGAUUCAACUUGGGUGGCAAUCCUGCUAACUUAAUUUUGCGUAAUUGGUAACAUGGCAAAAGAUGCUGGAUUAAUUGAAGCAAAUGGAGAGCUGAAAGUUUUUGUAGAUCAAAACCUUAGUCCGGGAAAAGGUGUAGUGUCGUUGUUGGCUGUUCAUCAAUCUUCUGUCGGAAAACAGCUGUUACCCAAAACAUUUGGACAGUCCAAUGUUAACAUUUCUCAACAAGUGGUUAUUACCACACCACAAAGACAGUCCGCACCAAAUACUAUUUUAUUAGGAAGUCCACAUACUCCCAACACGCACUUUGUUUCACAAAGCCAAGUUACAGACUCCUCUCCAUGGUCUGCUGGGAAGAGGAAUAAAAAAGGAGAGAAAAAUGGCAAGGGUUUACGUCACUUUUCAAUGAAGGUUUGUGAAAAAGUACAGAAAAAGGGCACAACUUCUUACAAUGAGGUGGCCGACGAGCUUGUAGCAGAAUUUAGUUCAACUGAUAACCACAUAUCACCAAAUGAAUCGCAAGCAUAUGACCAGAAGAACAUAAGACGACGUGUUUAUGAUGCAUUAAAUGUGCUUAUGGCUAUGAACAUUAUUUCUAAAGAAAAAAAGGAAAUAAAGUGGAUUGGUCUACCGACAAACUCUGCUCAGGAAUGUCAAAAUUUAGAGGUUGAAAGACAAAGACGUCUUGAAAGAAUAAAACAAAAACAGUCCCAGCUACAGGAACUUAUACUACAGCAAAUUGCCUUUAAAAACCUAGUUCAAAGAAAUCGGCAGACAGAACAGCAAGCAAAUAGAUCUCCACCUGCCAAUUCAGUCAUACAUUUACCUUUCAUCAUAGUGAAUACCAGCAAGAAGACUGUGAUUGAUUGUAGCAUUUCUAAUGACAAAUUUGAAUAUCUUUUUAAUUUUGACAACACAUUUGAAAUACACGAUGAUAUAGAAGUACUAAAGAGAAUGGGAAUGGCAUGUGGGUUGGAAUCUGGUAGCUGUUCUGCAGAAGAUCUGAAAACUGCAAGGAGCUUCGUACCAAAGGCCCUAGAACCUUACGUUACUGAAAUGGCUCAGGGAUCCAUCAGCAGUGUGUAUGUGUCAUCUACUUCAGGUUCUGUGUCAAAUGGCCGAAGGUUUUCUGCCAGUGACUUGACCACUGAUGGGAUGCUCGCGACUAGUUCCAAUGGAUCACAGUACAGCAGCUCUAGAGUGGAGACACCUGUUUCUUAUGUUGGAGAGGAGGAAGAUGAUGAUGACGAUGACUAUGAGAAUGAUGAUGACGACUGAUGUAAUGUGUAUUGGGUAAAAAGAAAAAAAAGCUACAGGAACUCUGUUUUGUGUGUUUCUUUUCCUCUUGUUUAACAUCACUGCUGAGAAAAAAAAAAGCUAAGGCAAUUCAUUGUAACAGAGCAAAAGUUUUUCUAAUCUCGGUGAUAUUUAUUUUUUUCCGAUCUCCAUUUUUGUGCAGUGGAUGUUUGGAUACGUUUAUUUUUAUCAUUAAUGUUUUAAUAUAAUUUUUUCCUGUGCCCCGUAACCUUGCAUAAGUUGGUCACUGAUGUAUUGUCCACCUUGAAUAAAAAUAAAACAUUCUGCUUAUGUGUAAAGAAAUGGAACAAAUUUUUCUAAUUGGAAUUCAUUUAGAACACUUCAAUAAUGAGGGAUAAAGUAUGGUUUUGUGAAAUCAUGCAGCGUCCAAAGACACCUUUUCCAAUUUGCAUAUGAAGUUCACGUAAUUUGAAAUAUAGCCAUUUUUUAUGCUUUCUGUUAUAUGUUUUGGAGGAAAAUAACACUUUCUGGCAAGGAUUUCUCUGAAAUGCUGGUGCAGCUAUGUGAAAUGUCUUGAAGGUUGCUAUAUACAGUAUAUAAAUAUAAAUAUUGCUUAUAGUAUAAUUUGCCUGAAUUCUUCCAGGUAAACUUUUGAUUUUAUUAUUUGUUAUAUAUAGUUUACAUAAUUAUCAUUUAAAUGUGUUCUGAAGCAAAUGUUUUGUAUUUGUUUCCCAAACAUGCAUUGUGUACUAUUAUUAAUGUUGAAAAUUAUAGAGUUUUAAGUUUGUUUGUUUUUUUUUUUGUUGUUUUUCCCUCCCUCCCUUCACCUUCGGGUUUGUGAAUCGUUUUUAGCUGUUCAUAUUUUAUAUGAUGAAUUUCAAGGCAAGCUGUAGUGGUUUGGGAUAAAA